GUCAUAAAAGAGAGCUGCUGAGAAGGGAUUUGCAUGCCCAAUAAGGUUUCACUACUGAAGUUUACACAACUCACAGUAAUCAGCCAGGCUGGCUGACUCCCUGGAUCACAUGACCUCGGAGAAACAUGAAACUUGACGAUGCGCUCCAGCGAGUUUUACUUCCCCUGUGCAGGGGUGUUUGCCAGCAGCCGGCGGUUGCUCUCAGAAGUCAGUUCCAGUGGCAGGAGCCCUUGAGCCCAGAACUUACCAUGCUGCUCCCUAGGACCACCAGGAACUGCUACUGACAUCCCCCUGGACAGCGGGUUCACAUCCAUCUCAAGAAAAAUGGACAAGUUGAAUAAGAUAACUGUCCCUGCCAGCCAGAAGCUGAGACAGCUUCAAAAGAUGGUCCACGAUAUUAAGAACAACGAAGGCGGAAUAAUGGACAAAAUAAAAAAACUGAAAGUCAAAGGACCGCCAAGUGUGCCUCGAAGGGACUAUGCAUUAGAGAGCCCUGCUGAGGAAGAGGAGCAGUGGUCAGAUGACUUUGACAGUGACUAUGAAAAUCCAGACGAACAUUCGGACUCUGAGAUGUACGUGAUGCCCGCGGAGGAGACGGGUGACGAUUCCUACGAGCCACCUCCCGCUGAGCAGCAGACAAGGGUGGUCCAUCCAGCCCUGCCCUUCACCAGGGGCGAGUAUAUAGAUAAUCGAUCCAGCCAGCGGCACUCUCCGCCCUUCAGCAAGACACUUCCCAGUAAGCCUAGCUGGCCCUCAGCAAAAACAAGGCUGGCCUCCACUCUGCCAGCCCCCGCCUCUCUACAGAAGCCGCAAGUCCCUCCCAAGCCCAAAGACCUCCUUGAGGAUGAGGCUGAUUAUGUGGUCCCUGUGGAGGAUAAUGAUGAAAACUAUAUCCAUCCCAGAGAAAGCAGCCCGAGCCCGGUGCCUGCUGAGAAAGCUCCCAUGGUGAACAGAUCAACCAAACCAAGCAGCUCCUCAAAGCCGGUGUCUCCUUCUGGAAAUGUCACAGGUCGAAAGAGUGGGGUCUGGGACCCCAAGUCUUCUUUUCCCACCGCACCAUCCCCACUGCCACGAGCUGGGAAGAAAGCAGCUACACCACUGACGUCACUGAGCACAGCUCCAGUUGCCCCUCCCCAGAAUGCCUCAAAUGGCUGUGAAGAAAAGCCUGUCCCUGCUGAACGCCACCGAGGCUCUAGUCACAGACAAGACACUGUGCAGUCACCAGUGUAUCCUCCCACCCAGAAACCUGUCCACCAGAAGCCUGUACCUCUGCCAAGGUUUCCAGAAGCGGGAAGUCCCACUGUGGAUGGACCAUUACCAAACUUUCCAUCUAAUUCCACUUUGGCAGACCAGGAAGCUGAACUUCACGGUAAGCCCUGGUAUGCUGGUGCCUGUGACCGCAAGUCUGCCGAAGAGGCUUUGCACAGAUCCAACAAGGAUGGAUCAUUUCUUAUUCGGAAAAGCUCUGGCCACGAUUCUAAACAGCCAUAUACACUAGUUGCAUUUUUUAAUAAGCGAGUAUAUAAUAUCCCUGUGCGGUUUAUUGAGGCAACCAAACAAUAUGCUUUGGGAAAGAAGAAAAAUGGAGAAGAGUACUUCGGAAGUGUCGUGGAAAUCAUCAAGAAUCACCAGCACAACCCGCUGGUUCUUAUUGACAGUCAGAACAACACAAAAGAUUCCACAAGACUGAAAUAUGCUGUGAAGGUGUCGUAAAGGAAGAGACGUCA